GUUUCGCCCAACCCCACCGCAUGCGGCAGCUUCCCUACGUCGACAAAUCACGGGCAGUCGGCUACUUUAUUUCUUCUAGAACCUUACUCUUUUCCUCUAGAGGACAUGGCGCCAUCGCUAGUGCAUUAGGUAUUAACAUCGGGGCCUGAGGGCUAGGCGGCUGGCCCACCAAAACUUCGACACCGAGACCCUGAAAACGCAAUGCAUCCGGCGGAGUAAUUAACACGCCCCGCCGCUCACUGCGGGCUUGAUUCUAUACACACACUCACAAGAACUACUCGUGUCAACGGUCGCAAGAGAAAGGGCAGCGGGCUCCCUUCCGCCCCCAUCAAUCCCAACGACUUGCCCCGCUAUCAACAAACCCCUCCCCACGAGCACUUCCUACGAUAGCCAACAAUGGCGUCCACACCCACCGAGCAGCCCUCGUCGACCUCGACCUUCCCUUCGCGCCAGAAACCCAUCCCAUACUCGGCCGCCAACGGCACGCGCACACCUCUCUCCUCCAUCCUGCCGCCCCUCAUCUUCGGCACCGCAACCUUCAACCACCAGUUCAACAACGACCCCUUCGCCCUCGACACAGUCGGCCUCGUCACCUCGGCCCUCACCCACGGCAUCCGCGCCUUCGACACAUCGCCCUACUACGGGCCCUCAGAACAGCUCCUCGGCGAUGCGCUGGCUACGCCCUUCGUCCGCGAGACGUUCCCGCGCGCCUCGUACAUGCUCCUAACCAAAGUGGGCCGCAUAAAGAGCGACGAGUUUGACUACUCGGCCGCCUGGGUGCGGCAGAGCGUGCAGCGCAGUCUAGAGCGCCUGCACACCGACUACCUCGAUCUCGUCUACUGCCACGACAUCGAAUUCGUUUCACUCGCCGAAGUGCUGGAAGCCGUGACUGCGCUGCGGGAGCUCCGCGCCGAGGGCAAGAUCCGCUAUGUCGGCAUCUGCGGGUACCCACUCGACGUCCUGGGCGACGCAGCCGAGAUGCUGCUCCGCGAGACAGGCGAACCCGUUGACGCAGUGCAGUCCUAUGCGCACUUUAACCUGCAGAACCAGACGCUCGGCGGGCCGCGCGGCAUCGAGCGCUUCCGCGCCGCAGGCGUCGGCGUCACCACCAACGCGUCCUGUCUCGGCAUGGGCCUGCUCCGCCGUGAGGGCGUCCCCGUCGGCGGCAUGGGCGACUGGCACCCUGCACCGCGCGCCCUCCGCACUGCGGUGCACGCCGCCUCCGACUUCUGUGACUCGCACAGCGAAAAGCUCGAAGUAAUCGCCAUCCGCUGGGCCCUCGAAACAUGGGUCUCCGCCGGCGCAUCGUGCGGGUCCCGCGGCGACCCGGCCUCCGGCCUCCCCUGGAAGCACGAGAGCAAUUCCGAAGUCGGCGGCGCCGCGCUGGGCGUCAGUGUCAUCGGCGUAUCACACCCUGCCGAGCUCGACAAGACGAUGCUGGUGUGGCGGUCUAUCCUCGAUGGGCUUGAAGGAGGUGAAGAGACGGCGGUCCAGGCGGGGCGGUGGUACCGCGCGUGGGAGUGGUCGAGGAGUCGGAGGGCCGCGGUGCGGAUACUGGCUGAGGGCGUGGAGGAGAUUCUUGGCGAGUGGUUUGGGUAUAGUUGGGAUAGUCCUGAGAAGGGGUUCGUGAACAAGCACAAACCUGUGCAGGGGAAGAACGCGGUGGACGGGGAGCCGUCACUGUUGACGCCUGCUGCGAGUCCAGAGAGCAAACCAGUUGACGGCGGAGAGGGCGUGGAGAAGGGCAUUCCGCUAAGGUAGUAAUGCAGGCAGAGCAUGUGCGAGGAUAUGAGGUUUGUACAUAGAUAGAUGGGUAGAUAGAUUUUGGGCGAGUUUUCACAUGGUUG